AUGCUCACCACAAAGCCGUACCUGCGCAUCCGGCGCCCCUCGCCCACGACGGCCGAGUUCAUCGUCUCGACGCGCCCGCCCCUGACCAUCCCGCUGCGCCUGCUCCUCCUCCUCGCCUUCCUCCUGCGCCUCGCCCUCGCCGCCGCCGCCCUGCUCCUCCUCCACGCAAAGUGGCUGCAGUCGCCGUACUACUCCGCCUCCGCCGCCGCCGCCACUUCCUCCUCCUCCCCUCCUCCCAUCAUCCCUCCUCCUCCUCCAACACCAGAACAAGACUCCUCCUCCCCCUCCUACCCCUCCGUCUUCUCCGACGCCUUCAUCUGGCACGUCGUCGCCCGCGCCCACGCCUCGCAGCCGGGCCGCGCGCUGGCCCGCGCCGCCGCCGCCCUGCCGGCCCCG